AUCUCUGUAUACUUUUCUCUAGUUAAUUUAUUUACGCAAUGAAUAUUUGAGAGCAUGUGGAGACUUUAUUCAAAAUUUGAGUUAAAAAUGUCUAGAAACAUUCUAUCACAUGUUCGUAUACUUAAUUGGAACAAAUCAUAGUGAAAGUGUCUAAAUGAAGAUAAAUUUAAGUAAUUGAUGUAUUAAGCCUUUAAGGAAGCGUGCUAUGGCAGCUUCCUAAAAAUCUUGCAACAGCUUCUUGAAACGCAUCAACUUACCUCUUUACAAGUUAAAUCAAUUUAUUUCGUACACAUUUCAAGAGAAAUAAUAUAUCAUAUUUCCCUUUAUAUCUUUACACUUGGCUUUAUAAUUUUUGUUUCAUAACAUUUCCAUCAUUUCUCUAUUUCUUUUCAUCUUCAUUUCUUUUUUCUCAUUGUUUCUUCAUAUACCCCUUUGUCUAAUUCGACGAGUGGUUCAUAUUUGACAACCAAACAUAUAUUUUUUCACAUAGAAUUCUGGUUAGUGAUGAACUCUAAUUUUCCCCCUUUCUUCAAAUUGUUGUUCCUAUCUUUAUUGGAUGUGUGUGUGUGUGUAUAUAUAUAUAUAUAUAUUCAUCAUGUGGCUAUAUUUGUCUAUGCUUAAACGGCGAGUUGCAGACUUGCUUUUUGGCUGCAGAUAUCUUAUCAAUGAACUCGUCAUAUUCUGUCUCCAAGGGACCACCACAUCCCCUAAAACGGUGGAGAAUUUCUUUUUUCUGAUUUUCCUCUCACUGAGGAAAGCUCAUUUCUUUUGUGUCACCUCAUGAAUUAUAUGAUUAUAUAUUUUGCCAGAUAAACUUGACAAGUGUGAGCUACAACAUGGCUGUUUCAUAUAUUUCCUUUAGUGGCAAAUCUGAUUGUCCUUGUUUAGGUAUAUAUUUCAACUGCAUGCGCAUAAACUCAUUCACAGAUUGGGAAUCUUGGAGGUGACAUAGAAACAACAAAAAACUAAUGGACCAGGAUUUUUGGAGUGUACUUAAGUUGAUUGAACUUCCACCUGAUCAAAGGGAAUUUUUGAAGAUGUAUAUGGUGGAAAGUAAAGCAGGAGCUAUAGCUUGUAUGCUAUUUUCUCUGUUCUUUUUGGGAACAUGGCCUGCUCUGCUUACUUUACUCGAAAGGCGAGGUCGUCUUCCUCAACAUACUUACCUUGAUUAUACUAUCACAAAUCUAUUGGCUGCUACUUUCAUUGCUUUUACUGUUGGUGAGAUUGGAAGGAGCACUAUGGAACAGCCAAGUUUUUUCACUCAGCUUUCUCAGAUGCAGGACAAUUGGCCCAGUGUCUUGUUUGCAAUUGCUGGAGGAGUUGUCCUCACUCUUGGAAACCUUUCAACUCAAUAUGCAUGGGCUUUUGUUGGUUUGUCAGUCACCGAGGUCAUCACCGCAAGCAUUACGGUUGUUAUAGGAACGACGUUGAACUACUACCUUGAUGACAAAAUUAACAAAGCCGAGAUUCUUUUUCCUGGCGUCGGAUGCUUCUUGAUUGCUGUUUGUCUAGGCUCUGCUGUUCAUGCAUCCAACACGGCUGAUAACAAAGCAAAACUUGAUUAUUUUUCAAAUGACUCUAAGAAUGGGGACGGGACAAGCGGUGUUACUGAUUCUAAACAAACGAAUACAAACACAGUUGAUAUCAAUGACUUGGAGAAUGGAGUUGCUUCUGAGUCUGAGGAGAAGGCAAAGGCUGGAACUGCACUUUUCCUUGUACAAGUUGAGAACAAAAGGGCAAUGAAGGUUUUUGGGAAGAGUACUUACAUUGGUCUGGCUAUUACCUUCUUUGCUGGAGCUUGCCUUUCUCUCUUUUCGCCAGCAUUCAACCUAGCAACAAAUGAUCAGUGGCAUGCUCUAAAAGAUGGAGUCCCGCACUUGAGUGUCUAUACGGCAUUUUUCUACUUCUCCAUUUCAAGCUCUUUGCUUGCCACGAUUCUGAACUUCACCUUCUUGUACCGCCCUGUACUGAAUGCACCCAAAUCGUCGAUGAUGUCCUAUGUGAACGAUUGGGAUGGCCGAGGUUGGGCUCUUUUGGCGGGACUUUUAAGUGGCUUUGGAAAUGGUCUUCAAUUUAUGGGAGGUCAAGCAGCUGGAUAUGCAGCUGCAGAUGCUGUUCAGGCACUGCCUCUGGUGAGCACAUUUUGGGGGGUGAUAUUGUUUGGAGAGUACCGAAGAUCAUCAGGAAGAACGUAUACGCUUCUUGCAGGAAUGUUGAUCAUGUUUACAGCAGCUGUUGCAAUUCUCAUGGCGUCUGCAGGGCAUCGCAAACAGAACGGGGGCAAAAUAGAAUAGAUAAUGUUUCUGUACAUAUCACCAUACAGCUUAAUUAGUCCGGUCGAAGAACAUUUAUUAGAGUCGGUCAGAAUCGCCUUAGCUUACUUCAGUUGCUGUUUUAUCAAUGAAGAAACUGAAGAAAACCAUCCUAGUGAAACCUUUGUAUGUAGAUGUGCAGUAGCUGUUGCAAGCAUUCAGCAACCUUCUGCAUGGAUGAUAGAUAUCUGAUCUUUCUAUUUCCUUUGCAUUUUGUAUGAUCUUAUUCUACACAGCAAUAUUGAUAUCUUUCUUAAUAUUUGGCAGUUAGUAGCA